UAUUGUGAGAGGGGUGCGUGUGGCACAUACUUCAGGCUCGGCGCCACGACCCUGGCAACCAGGACGGGGUAGCACGGAGAAGACACUUUGUCUCACAAGGACCCGGCGUAAACGUGGUGGAAGUAAUGGGGAAAACAUGAACUUUCAUCUUGCUCCGCACAGCCAUGUUGUCCGACAGCCGUAAUGAGAUCCUCCCAACAUUGAGGCGGUAGGGCCAACGACACGGUUAUAGUGAAUGAUACUUCCUUUUCGGUAUGUGUGAACUAUAUCGUCUUCUGAGAAGUGAUUUUAAGUACGCGCGAGGAUCCACGAGAGUUAUCUGCUCCUUACACAAGAGGGCGCUGCUGCCUAGCAAACUGUAAAUUGUAAACAACCAUAUUCACACUGAAGCUGGUCUGUUUAGUGUGCACGAGAAGUGGUUACCAUGGGAAUGAGAUCGGAAUAUCAGAAGCACUUCAAGGUGUCGGCACUGAGGAAGAGUCUGCCUCUCUACUAUGAGAAUGUGGCCUUUCGUACAGCUCGCCGAGAUAGGGAGUAUGCCCACACACCUCUCUCCUGGUACACGGAGGAUAAAAACGAUGAUGAAAGCGUUGACAGUGACAGGGAGGCUGACAGUGGAUCAGAUAUGAACAGUGACAGUCAACAGUUGAAAAGUGGGAUGAAGAAAAGACUUGAAGCCGGGAGAGAGGAAUGUAGUGAUGAUGAUGAUGAGCCCCCAGAAUCCCUCGCGGUCCAUGACGAGCAGGCAAGCAGCUCACCUGUUUCCGCAGAAAGAGAACAUCUACCAACGACGCCGACAGUGGAUGUAAAUGGUACUGAUUCAAGGAUGAGGAAGCAGAGGCGACCUGACAGAAGACAGAAGAUUCCUUGCCCUGUCAGUAAACUACACACUCCCGUGUCGGGAAAGAAGCAACCGCAAGUAAAGAGCUCCAAGAGGUCAACUACAUCCACUGGCCUGAGGUCAGCAGCUUCCCCUUCAUCGAGGUUGAGAUCAAGAACACCUGCAGCACAACCAGAAGUUGAGCAUCCAGCACCAUUCUUGUCCUAUGGCUGGGCAGGUGCUGGGCGCAACUUGUCUCAACAUAAGACCUUCAACAUUCGAGCAACAGCAGAUGUUUACCCUGCUGCCCUCAGAGCACACUCCAGGAGGGCGACCGCAGCACAACAGAGAGUGGCAUCGGCUAUACAGAUGAAGGAGGAUCGCGUGCAGGCACUCUUGAAUUCUGCUGCUAACGAGAGAGCUAAGCAUGAGAUUGAGUGGACAUCGGAGUACCGGCAGCAGUACCCUGCCUACAGUGUUGGGGAGUACAGUCGGAGUCUCUCUGCCCGAGCCCAUGACAGGAAACUGUGUCGUGUCGUCUAUGUGUCGUGAUCACACAAUGCUGGUAGAAUAGGCCGUGUAUUUUCUCCUGUUCCGAUGCUCAAGACUCUAGUUUGUAAUCACACAUAUCUUAGUCAAUGGCACAAGCAACAUUGAUAGUCAUAUUAUUCAAUAGACUGUUCUACCAGGAGAUUGGAAACAUCUUUUGUGUUGUGUUGAUAAAGGUACACAAUGAUACGCACAGAGUACAGCACUCACCAAGUGGCAUGUGCAUUGUGGGAAUUGUCUCCCUUGAACAUAGAGCCUAUGGCUGUAGAUCUUGGCCCUGUGUAGUUAUGGAGACACUUCACAGGUAUGGAUUGAAGGGGGCCUGGUGACCCUGCAUGAACUUAUCUGAUAAAACAGGCUUUGUGAGUAUGGUGACACGGGGGCUAAGACAACAUUUGCUAACAUGUCCUACACAACACUGUGAUUCACCAGUCCCGUAGCCUGGCUUAUGCAUUUCUUUCUGAAAGCUAUUUUUUGUACAUAUAUUUUAUUAAAUUCUUCUGUUAUUUUGUAUAUGUUUAUAAUAUCACUUGCAAAUUUUUGCAAAAUGUUACUUUUAUAUUAAAUAAGAAUAAAUCCAA